AGACGGAAAAGGCGGGACUAACGCGGCUUCAGAUUCUGAAGGCAAUAAGAGGAAAGCGAGCGCCAAAUUGUCCAUUGAGAAAAGGAAACUAUCAGAAUGAGUCUACGAAAGCAAACUCCUAGUGACUUUUUGAAGCAGAUUAUUGGACGACCUGUUGUCGUGAAACUUAAUUCUGGAGUUGACUAUCGAGGGGUAUUGGCUUGCUUAGAUGGGUACAUGAACAUUGCUUUAGAACAGACAGAAGAAUAUGUAAAUGGGCAGCUGAAGAACAAAUAUGGAGAUGCAUUUAUCCGUGGAAAUAAUGUUUUAUAUAUAAGUACACAGAAGAGAAGAAUGUAA